UGGGGAGGCCGGGUCCUCCAGAGCCCCUUCUCCGCCUGCUCUUUGGCGACGGGCUGCGUCUGGGCUUCCCUUCGGGGCUCUGGCUGCCCAUUGGGGCAUCUGGUUGGCCACUGAGAAGAGGAUGUUGGUCUAGACGCGCCUUUGAUGUAAUCUAGUAAAAUGGAAAUGGACUGCCUUCAAGGCGAUCCUACAGCAUGGCGACCCCAUGAAUAGGGUUUUCAUGGAUUUGGUAGUAUCCCCAAUUAGGACAGCCUUUGCCAGAAGAGAGAGGUGGCUCUUGGGCCCUGUCAGAGGCUUCCUUGGAGCACAGAAAUAAAAGAUGGAAGACUCAGCUGGCCCUGAAGCAGGAAGAGGUCCAUAUAUCAUCCAUGCUGGGAGCCCUGAGGAAUUCUGGGAAAGAACAGCGCAGAAGAUCCUGGGUGAGGAGAACACCCUCAGCUCAGACGUGCAGCUCCAGCACUUCAGGCAGUUCUGCUACCAGGAGGCUGAGGGCCCCCGAGAUAUUUACAACCGACUCUACAAUCUGUGCUGUCAGUGGCUGAAGCCAGAGCGCCACACAAAGAAUGAGAUCUUGGACCUGGUGAUCCUGGAGCAGUUCCUGGCUGUCCUUCCACCGGAGAUGGAGAACUGGGUGAGGGAAUGUGGAGCAGAGACCACUUCCCAGGCAGUGGCCCUGGCCGAAGGUUUCCUCCUGAGCCGUGCAGAGGACAAGAAGCAGGCAGAACAGGCCAACAGUCUGUUUGCAGAAGAGGCCACUGAUUUCCUAGAGUCACGGGAGGCUCUGUCAGACGCCAGAGUGUGUUCCAUGCGAAGGGGGAACAUUCAGGAGAGUGAGAGACGUGCCAGUUCACUCAAUGGUGAAAUGAGGCCAGCAAGACCUCCUCAACCAUCUCUUCUUUGUGGUGGAGAAGAAGCAGCUGCUGUGAAGGAGGACCAGGGUCCCGUGUCCUUUGAGGAGGUGGCUGUGUACUUCACUGAAGAGGAGUGGGUUUUGCUGGAUCCUGACCAGAGGGUGCUGCACAGGGAAGUCAUGGAGGAGAAUUGUCGGAUUCUCACCUCUCUCGGUUAUGAAUGGGAAACCAAGAAUCAAGGAGAACUACACGGGGUGUUCCCUGAAACAGCCAGGUGUAUUAAGGGGGAACAGCAGAGAAGGAGAGCUAUUGAAGAAAAGAAGAGGAGGAAUAAGCCCCCUACUUCUCAGAGUAGUGACUGCCAUAAAGUCCCAGUCCACGAAAAAAUGGAAAAAAUGAAAGAAAGUAAUACACAGCUCACUAAACAUCAAAGAACACAAACAGUGGAGAAACCAUAUAAAUGUUUGGAGUGUGGAAAGAGCUUCCGUCAGAAGGCAGACCUCACUCCCCAUCAAAGAAUACACACAGGAGAGAAACCAUAUAAAUGCUCUGAAUGUGCAAGGCGCUUCUAUUGGAAGGCACAUCUUACUUUUCAUCAAAGAAUUCACACAGGGGAUAAAUCAUUUAAAUGUUUGGAGUGCGGAAAGAGCUUCUUUUGGAAGGCAGACUUCACUAUUCAUCAAAGAUUUCACACAGGGAAGAAACCUUAUAAAUGCUCUGAAUGUGGAAAGAGCUUCAUUAGAAAAUCUCAUCUCACUACUCAUCAAACAAUACACAUAGGGCAGGAACCACUUAAAUGCUUGGAGUGUGGAAAGAGGUUCACAUACAAGUGUAGCCUCACUACUCAUCAAAGAAUUCACACAGGGGAUAAACCAUUUAAAUGCUUGGAGUGUGAAAAGAGCUUCAUAUGCAAGGGUAGUCUCACUUCUCAUCAAAGAAUUCACACAGGGGAUAAACCAUUUAAAUGCUUGGAGUGUGGAAAGAGAUACACAUGGAAGAGUAGUCUCACUACUCAUCAAAGAAUUCACACAGGGGGUGAACCAUUUAAAUGUUUGGACUGUGGAAAGAGCUUCUUUUGGAAGACAGACCUCGCUACUCAUCAAAGAAUUCACACUGGGGAGAAACCAUAUAACUGCUUGGAGUGUGGGAAGAGCUUCUGUCGGAAGGCACAUCUCACUACACAUCUAAGAAAUCACACAGGGGAGAAACCAUAUAAAUGCUCUGAAUGUGGAAGGAGCUUCCGUCAGCAGGCACAUCUCAUUUCUCAUAAAACAAUACACACAGGGGAGGAACCAUUUAAAUGCUUGCAGUGUGGAAAGAGCUUCACGCGUAAGGAUAGUCUCACUACUCAUCAAAGAAUUCACACAGGGGAGAAACCAUAUAAAUGCUUGGAGUGUGGAAAGAGCUUCCGUCAGCAGGCACAUCUCACUUCUCAUGAAAUAAUUCAUACAGGGAAGAAACCAUACAGUUGUUUGGAGUGUGGAAAGAGUUUCACACAGAAAAGGAGUCUCACUUCACAUCAAUAUAUUCACACAGGCGAGAAAUCGUUUAGAUGAAGUGUGGAAAGAACUUCUGUCAGAAGGAAUAUUUCAUUUUGCAUAAAAAAAUUCAUGCAGGGGAGGAACUAUAGAAAUACAUGCACUACUCAUCAAUGAAUUAGCAAGGGAGAAACUUCAUAUAUGCUUGCAAUGUGGAGACACGACAUUUCUCAUCAAAAGUGUUCAUAGAGGAGGGACAAUAUAGGUUGAAUAUGGAAUAUGAUUCUGUUUCUGUUUAACCUUCAUUUCAGAUUGGAGAUGGGGUGGUGAGGGAUGUGGCCUGGAGGAUGGAGCAUGGCCUGUGGAGGGAUCUGAGAGCCUGAUGGUGAGGCCUCGAGAUCCACAUUCAUCUCCCAAGCCUAAGGUGUCUCAAUUCUGUUAUAGAUGGAGAUUAACAGAUACCACUGCACCAUACUUGCUCCCAGAAAGCCCAUGCCAUGUAGGAAGUUGAAAAAUUGAAGAUUUAUUAUGUUUUCAAUUGGCAUAAAUAAAGGGAUCUAUCACCAGGGGUUUCUAAGAGCCUUGGUGAGACCUAAGUGGAAUAGUAGAAUUCACCCCCACAAUGAGGUUUGUAAGAGUUUUCCAUUGCAAUACUACAGCCGCAUCCUGUUUUGCUCUGAGGAGGCUGAAAUUGAGAAGUGUAACAUCGGAGAGAGAGAGAGUGUGAGCCAAAAUGCAAAAUAUAUUCAGCCUAAGAGUUUUGACAUAAAUUAAUAUGCUAUUAGGUAGGAGGGCAUGGAUUUUCCAUACCAGGAAACUGUGUCACUCCCUGACCAUACAGAGGUGGAUCCUUGGUUGUGUCAGCGUAAUACUUAGGCCCAGAAGCCUGGGUAUUGCUUUUGGGGAAAGGAGCGAGUCCCUCUGCCGAGUUCCUCCGCUGGUAGAGUAUCAAGGAUCUACCUCAGAGGCUUUAAGUAUCCAUUUUUAGUAGCUUUGCUGUCUGAAAGUGACUGUGCAUGCUUGUAUUCUCUUCUCCGCUUUUAAUAAAUCAUAUCUU